AUAUUUGGCCACAUCAUAAAGAGAGACCUUGAGGAUUUUAUGCAUAUGGUGCUCUGUCUUUGUGUAUAUUUGCUUGAUCCAGAGUCUUAGGGAGUUUCUAGUCACACCCCUUGCAGUUGGACAGACUUCUCUCUCUCUCCGCCCUCUCUCCUGACUCUGAACUUCCACUCAACUUCAAGACGUCCAUUUCGUUUCAGCUUGUCCCAGGCAAACAUCUCAGCAGUUCAGUCUCUUAAGCAGGAAAUCAUGUAGGUGUCUGACCGCAUUAGUAAGUUAGUAUGUGUGUGUAGCUUUUAAAAGAUGGGCAGCAGCGUGGAGCAGAGCUGCUUCUGUGUCACUCUGAGUUUUCUGAAGGACACUGAGGAUGACGCUGAGCUGCAAGUGUCCAACCAGAGACAGCAUCAGGAUCUCACACUGAAGGUCAUCAGAGAGACGGAGGACGUCACCCUUACAGCAGAGGACGGUGAUGGAGGCUCUGUCUUUAAGUUCUCCAUCAUGAGAGAGACAGAGUGUUGUCGAGUGGGGACUCAGUCCUUCCUUGUAACUGUGGGUUGUGUGAGCAUCCUACUGCGGUUCAAGACACGGACAGAGUUUCAGACCUUCCACAGAAUGAUAAGGGCAUGGAUCGACAGCGGGAGAGAGCUGUCAGCGUUCGACCAGAGGACAGAGAGCUCAUCUGCCCUCCAAUACUUCCAGUUUUAUGGCUGUCUUUCCCAGCAGCAGAACAUGCUUCAGGAUUAUCUGAGAACAGCCACGUACCAAAAAGCCAUUUUAGUGAACGACGUUGACUUCAGAGAUAAAGUGGUGCUUGAUGUUGGCUGUGGAACAGGGAUUUUGUCCUUCUUUGCCAUCCAGGCUGGAGCUAGGAAAGUGUACGCAGUGGAGGCCAGUUCCGUAGCCAGAUAUGCAGAAGUACUAGUGAGGAGUAAUGGAUUGGCGGAGAGGAUCACGGUGCUUGCCGGAAAGAUCGAGGAGGUGUCCUGCCCUGAGAAAGUGGACGUCAUCAUCUCAGAACCCAUUGGCUACAUGCUUCUCAAUGAGAGGAUGCUGGAGAGUUAUUUACACUCCAAAAAAUGGUUGAAGCCUAAAGGUAUGAUGUUCCCCACCUUCAGUGACAUCCACCUGGCCCCAUUUACAGAUGAGCAGCUUUACUUGGAGCACCAUGCACGCUCCAAUUUCUGGCUCCAGAGCUCUUUCUACGGGGUAAACCUGAGUGGACUCCAUCCCGCGGCCAUGGACGAGUUCUUCAGACAGCCGAUCGUGGAUACGUUUGAUACUCAUAUUCUGAUGGCCAGGUCUGUAAAGCACACCAUUAACUUUAUGGAAGCAAAAGAAGAGGACUUACACAGGAUGGAAAUUCCCUUCGUCUUCAAACUCAUGCAGUCAGGACUGAUUCACGGACUUGCGUUUUGGUUUGAUGUGGCGUUUGUUGGAUCAAGGACAACAGUGUGGCUGUCUACUGCGCCCCAUGAGCCACUGUCUCAUUGGUACCAGGUCCGAUGUCUCCUACAGACGCCUCUGUUUGCCAAGACAGGCCAGACUCUAUCCGGACGGGUUUUACUGAUUGCCAAUAAGAGGCAGAGCUAUGACAUUCAUAUUACAGCUGUAAUCGAUGAGUCCGGCUUUAAAUCUGGCAACACUUUGGACCUUAAAAACCCCUUCUUCCGGAUGCCAGGGUGGCUGCAGAUCUAAAGAGCCCACAGCAGUAAAGAGCAUUAAAGUGAGGAUUGGCAGAGUAGUCAGUGCCACAGUGGCUGGAAAAGCGGCAUGGCUGGGUAUGCUUAAUUCACCAUUUGUUGCUGGGAUUUUCAAUCUGCUCUGAAAUCCUCACUCUGUUCCUAGAAAACACCCCAGACACGCUCAGAUAAUCCGUUUUAAUGUGCAUGUUGUGUUUCUUGUCAGAGCUGUGUGUUGCUUAUGAGUGUGUUGUGAAGUCUGUACCCUGCAAAACUGUGUUGGUGUAACCUGAAUACAAAUAAAAUACUAUACAGGAUCGGUG